AUGGCGCCUAACGUGUCUCCACCUUCGACCGACGUCCGCAAGCGUGCUGUGACCGACUCGCAGCCCCUCAUCGGGCCCGGUCACGCCGACAAGCACAACGAGCUUUGCGAGAAGCUUCGAAAGAAGCAGGUCAACGAAGUUGCUCACGUCUCCGAGAGCGGCACCGGCAUCCUUGGCUGGUUUUCUGCCACCGUCUCCGACCUCUUCUACUACCUCUUUGUCUGGUUUCCUCGAACGUGGUGGUAUACGCUCACCAGCCUGCCUCAGCUCGUGCUGGACCCAAUCGGCUUUGCGACCGCCUUCACUUUUGCAUUCCUGAGCACAUUUGUUCUCCUCGGUGGCCUCAUUGGAAGCGCGAUUUGGCGUCUGCCCUAUGUUCAGUCCAUCUGGAAGCCGAUCUCGAUUCGAAAGAACAUCGGCCUCGGCAACCUGGCAUACCCUCUCAUCUUCGAGUUCGGCGCCAAUCCGCAGAACAAGCAAAUCCGCGAUGCGGCCUUCACUGUCAUGUCGGAUCCCACGGGCACAUUCGCCCAGCCUUCGACGGCCGAGGAGCGCAACUUUGACCUCGAGGUCUCGAAGCUCCUCAUGAUGCUCUCUGCACUCGUCUACGAGCGUGACGUCGGUGAAUACCACAAAGCUGCCUGCUCUGCUCACUACUCGAAGAAAGCCAGGAAACAAUUUAUGUGCGGUCGUGACGACCUCACCGACGCCGGCAGAGACCUUCGCAAAAAGCUCGACAUUGCCGACCGCAAGAUCAACCAGGUCGCCAACGAGUGGGGUCUUCACUAUGCGAGCGUCUCUGAGCUUGGCACCAACACCUCGCCUCUCUGCGGUGCCUUCUGGAACCCAGACUUCAACUUCAUUAUCCUCGCCUUCAAGGGCACCAACCCGGUCGAGUUCAAGGAGUGGGCCGUCGACCUCACAUUUGACUACACGGACGGUCGUGCCUGGCUGCCCGGCUACACCAAGGUGCACGCUGGCUUCUACAAUCAGCUCUUCCCGCAGCAGCUCAACCAUGCCACCGGUGCCUUCCCGUACACCGAGAUCCGCACUGCCAUCAACGACAUUGCCAAGCAGAUCCGAGCCACUUCGUACAGCGACCAUGUCAACCUGUUCGUCACGGGACACAGUCUCGGAGCUGCGCUCGCCUGCGUGUUCUAUUCUCGUGCCAUUGCUUCCCCCAAGGACUUUGGCCAGACGGAAGACGGCGGCAACCAGGUCUUUGUUCGCGACGCUUACUGCUUCGGCACUCCCAUCAUCGGUGACCCUGACUGCGUGUCGGCUUUCAACCAGGCCUGUCACGACAGGGACCUCGAUCACCCUCAAGCACUCUGGCGCGUCACCAACCGUCGCGAUGCUGUUGCGACCAUGCUUCCGGAUGCCGGCGACAAUAGCGCUCUGAAGCACAUCAGCCCCACGAGCCAGCUUCACUUUGCCCACGUCGGUCAGGAGGUCCAGCUCGGCAACAAUGUCCACAGGGUCUACACGGGUCCGGGCACUCUGCUCCCGACGCAGACGCCCGUCAACAUCAUCACGCACCUUCCGCACGGAGGCGCAGGACCCGAGGUGAUGCUGCCGCCCUACUUUUGGCUGCUGGAGCGCAUCCCGCUGGUACAUCGCUUUGUCGCCCACCUCCCCUCGUCGUACUGGGACCGCCUCACCAAGGUGCAUGCCGAGAGCGAGAUCGAAUACGCUCGCUGGCAUUGA